GAUCUGGUGAGCAAUCAUGAAGACCUUCAUCUUCCUCGCUCUCCUGGGAGCUGCUGUCGCUUUCCCCAAUGAUGACGACGACAAGAUCGUCGGGGGCUACACCUGCCGAAAGAACUCCAUCCCCUACCAGGUGUCCCUGAACGCCGGCUACCACUUCUGCGGUGGCUCCCUCAUCAACGACCAGUGGGUGGUGUCUGCGGCUCAUUGCUACAAGUCCCGAAUCCAGGUGCGUCUGGGAGAAUACAACAUUGAAGUUGUUGAGGGCAAUGAGCAAUUCAUCAAUGCAGACAAGAUCAUCCGCCACCCCAAGUACAACCCCAGGACCAUCGAUAAUGACAUCAUGCUGAUCAAACUGAGCUCACCUGCCACCAUCAGCUCUCGCGUCUCCACUGUCUCUCUGCCAAGAACUUGCGCAGAUGUUGGUACCCAGUGUCUCAUCUCUGGCUGGGGCAACACCCAGAGCGUUGGCACUAACUACCCCGAGCUCCCUCAGUGCCUGGACGCCCCAAUCCUCUCCGACAGCGCUUGCCGCAAAGCCUACCCCGGCCAGAUCACCAACAACAUGAUGUGCCUGGGCUUCCUGGAGGGUGGAAAGGAUUCCUGCCAGGGUGACUCUGGUGGCCCCGUGGUCUGCAACGGACAGCUCCAGGGCAUUGUCUCCUGGGGCUACGGCUGUGCUUUGAAGGGCAAGCCUGGUGUCUACACCAAGGUCUGCAACUUCGUGAGCUGGAUUCAGGAGACCAUUGCUGCCAACUAAGCCCUCUCCCUGUUAGACAACUUCACCUUCAUCCUAUGGCUCAAGACAGUACCUAAAUAAAAGCAUUUUGU